AUGGCGUCGUAUCUCGGAUCGUUUACGCCUGCUAUGGACGAGGUCAAGAUUGACCAAAUCACCGAAAGCAGGAUUUUCAACGUUGUAUCCAUGCUUCCGACCUCACUUCAAUCAGGCCCUAUUCGAUUCCUCAGACGAAGUAUUAGUUAUCAUACACUACGACCUGCUGUGACGGUCUCGGGAUCACAAGCCAAGCCUCGGCCUCUAUCAGAAGCUGAUGCAACUGCCAUGAGCCAUCCACUUCAGACCGACAUGGUAAAACACAGCAACGGAUAUGCAGAGUCGCAAGACCUGUGCCCUAGGCCGAUGAGUCGGGUCCUUUAUUCAGAAUUACCAGAGGAUGAGCCAGUGAUGAGAGCUGCAUCCGGCCUGCACUGGAAGUUUGCGCGACAAGGAGCAAAUCUUGUCAACAUCUCUGUUGAUGGCGGCAAAGCUGCUGUCGCGGAAGAAGACGUUGCAUUUGAGAGAAAGGCAUUUGUUGAUGGACUAACCUAUCUCCUCAAGGCACUACCGCGAGAUCUUGAUGAAGGCGAAUUGAAAAGAAUACAAUCCGCUUUAUCAGAUAAUGUCAAGGAACAAGAGUUGAGCCUGAUUCGAGCAGAUGGAGACCCAGGCUGGACGGCUAACAGAACAAACCAACCUCGUUCUAUCAUUCAUCGAGGAGUGCAGAUGACUGUCGUCAACAUGAUCUUCUUCCUCAGCUUUCUGAUGCCAUAUCUGCUUCUGUUGGUUCGAUAUGCAGCUCGUGUUGAGCGAAAGUAUAAAAUCUCCGAGACGCUUAUAGGACAUGGCGUUGAUCUGGCCAACUCAAUUGGAAAACAGAGCGCUUCUUUGACUGAGGCAGUCGGUCAAAUGAACGAAGGAAAAGUUGCACAGGCUCUGUUGGAAGUCUUUGUCUGGACAAUUGAUGGUGUCACACAAGGCAUCUCGGAUGGACUCGGGGAGGGUCUCUCAAUGGUGGGGUCGAAACAGACAUCUAGUCGCUGA